AUGCACCCACAGGCCUCUGAAAAGCGAAUAGCUUGCAAGGAUUUCUUCGAGGCACUGGAGGCUUGCCACGCAAUAGCGUGGAAGAGGUACACGGGAUGGUGUAAUACGGACAAGAACAAUCUGAACAGGUGCCUGCAUGGCGAAUCCGUGAAGAACGCGACACGGAAUAGGGAGGAUGCGAAAGUGCGCAAAGCAAAGGCCGAGAAGGCGAAGCAGGAUCUUGCAGAGGCGCUAUCAUGA